GAGACUUUAUAGGAUCUGUUUUUUUUCUUCUAAUAAUAGCCAUAACCAACUCUCUCACACCAAGAUACACAUGCAACACCACAAUAAUUUCCAGAAGAUUACGCUCUAAAUGGCGUCAAUGAAACGCAUCGUCCCUCUUCUCUGUCGCUACAUCUCCAUCGCCGUAUCUCUCUUCAAGAGCCUCGUUCUCUGUUUAUUCGAUAAUUUCGAUUACCCGAUCCUCAUCAAACUCGCCGACGCCUUCCUAUCAUUAUAUUUCAUAACUCUCUGCGAUCUCCGACCAAUAACCGUCGAUUUAAACGAUGGAGAAACCACCGUCCAUUUCUGGGUCUCCGCCCACCGUAGAAUCGACCGUCCUGACCUCGUCAUGCUACACGGCUACGGAGGAAACUCGAAAUGGCAGUUUAUCCAUCAGGUCUCAGAUCUCUCCAAAUCUUUCAACCUCUUCAUCCCCGACCUCGUCUUCUUCGGGGAGUCUCGCUCGAGGAACACCACCGAGCGGACCGUCGAGUUUCAAGCGAGGAGCGUCGUGGGAGGUCUGAAGAGGCUGGGGUGCGAGGGCGGUUUGGCGGUUUACUCGAUCAGUUACGGAGGUUUCGUCGCGUACAGGAUGGCGAAGAUGUGGCCCGAGAUGGUGGAGAAAGUGGUGAUCGUGAGCAGUGGAGUGGGGUUCACGCAACAGCAGAAGAUGACGGAGGUGAAGAAACACGGCGGUGACGUGUCGGAGAUUCUUGUUCCGAGGAAUCCGCGGGAUCUGAGGAUGUUGGUUAGGGUUUCCAUGAAUAGUGGGAUCAAGUUCAUUGACUGGGUUCCAGAUUUCAUCCUCUCUCAAUUCAUCGCUGUGAUGUAUGAGACACAUCGGAAGGAACUUGUUGAGUUAGCCAAGAAUUUGCUGGAAAGAGAAGAAGAUGCUGAGUUCUAUGCAAUUUCACAGAAAACCUUAAUUAUUUGGGGUGAUAAGGAUGAGGUGUUUCCCUUGGAGCAUGCACGUCGUCUACAUAGACAAUUGCCAAACUCGAGUUUAGAGAUAUUGAAGGAUAUUGGACACGGCGUGAACAUUGAAGCACCAACUACUCUUAACAACUUAAUAACCUCGUUUGUUUUGGAUGUUUCCUGACUAUUUUUUGUGUUCUUACAAAUGUAGUAAAUCUAUAUCUAUCAAUUGUACAUGUAUGUUCCAAGAAUUUUUUAUUUUUUUAACUAUAUGUUCCGAGAAAAUUACAAACGCAUUAAUAUUAAUCUAAUGUUUUUGA